UAAAUAAAUAAAUCUAAGAAAAUGAUUUUCAUUUUUAGCAUCAACGGUUGUAAAAGAACUAACUGUACCCGUAGCCCGCACCGCAGCUCUUUUGGUUAGCUCCUUUAUUUUUUCUUCUUUUCUGUUAACCUCUAAACACACAAAUGUCUGCCACAACAUCCCCUAUCCCCCUCCAGUCCGACCGCAUGACUUCCAGUUCACCUUUCUCCAGACCACCACCGAUUCGCCGGCAUCACUUCCGGCUUGUAAAGAUGACCAAGAAGCCAUUUCACAGGUCGAGGCUGCAUAUGACAUGUUACUUAAGCAGAGCAUGACUCAGCGGCGAGCAGGAAAAGUAGUGAACAGUAGUGUUCGCUAUGCCGAUGUUAAGCGCAUUCAGUCUCAAGUUGUAGGAUCGAUGCCUCAAUGGAUGCAAUCCACCAUGAAGAAACCACCAGUUUCAAUUGACUCACCUUCCACCAGUGAUUUUGGUUUACAAGCUGGAGUAUAUGGUGCACUGAUAGGUUUAACCUAUCUUAGUGGUUCUUCUAUUCCCCCUGCAGGUUACGCCGGGGCCGAUGUUCCGGGACUCAUCUUGGCUGGUAGCUUUGGAGCUUCCCUAUACUGCAUGACCAAAAAGAAUGUUAAGUUAGGGAAGGCUACUGUUAUAACCAUAGGAGGGCUCGUAGCUAGCGCCGUAGUAGGGUCGGUUGUAGAGAACUGGUUGCAGGUCGAUAUUGUCCCAUUUCUGGGCAUACACUCCCCUGCUGCUGUUGUUAGCGAAGUCAUAAUCUUAUCCCAAUUCUUGGUUUCUCUGUACCCAAGGUAGACCGAAAAACGUGGCGAUCUUUAUAUUAAAAUGUGAAAUUUGUAAUUAUUCA